AUGUCCCAAGUUCAGGAAGAAAAGAACGACAUCACCCAUGUUGAGUCCAACAUUGGGGACCUCAAGUACGACGCCGUGGGCGACGCCGCGGCCAAGGGCCAAAUUGUCACCGGUUAUGAGAACCUGGGCAUCAUCCAGACCAUGCUCAAGUUCAAGGUUGCCAUGGCCAUUUGCUUUGCUGCAACCUUUGCUGGAGCCACGGACGGUUACCAGAUCGGUCUCAACGGUAAUGUGAUCGCCAACGACGGUUUCAUCAAGCAGUUCGCUACGACCACCGAUUCUGAUGGCAACCCUAUCCUUGCUGCUUCGGUCCUCACCGCCAUUGGUUCAAUUCAGUCUGUCGGACAGAUCAUUGGAAUGUGCACCCUCCCCUUCGUCGCCUCUCGUUUUGGACGCAAGCCUGCCAUGUUCACGUUGUGGCUGGUUCUCGCCCUUUCGGUCACCUGCGAGACCGUGGCGAAGAAGUGGCAGGUCUGGUUCGUCGCUAAGCUCUUCUCCGGUAUCGGUGUCGGCUCGCUCCAGUUCAUCACUCCCACCUACGUCACCGAAAUCUCGCCUGCACGCAUCCGUGGUCUCCUUUUGGUCAUGUACAACUUCUGGUUCUCCGUUGGCAGCUUCUUCGCAUCGAUCGCUCUCCAGUCCAUGUUCACCAAGGACCCGUACAACUACAAGACCCCCAUCUACACUCAGUGGGCCCACAUUGGUCUCAUGCUUGCCAUCUACCUGUGUCUUCCCGAGACCCCUGCUUGGCUCGCGUCCCAGGGCAAGGCCGACAAGGCCAAGAAGAACCUCAAGUUCAUUUACAGGGACGUUCCCGACUUCAAUGCCGACCAGUACUACGACGCCAUUGUUUCCGGUAUCGAGCACGAGCAGGAGGUCGCCCGUCAGCUGCACCGUGGAAACUGGUACGAUGCCCUUCGUGGUGUCGAUGGCUUCCGUACCAUUGUCUCGACUUGGGCUCUGUUCUCUCAGCAGCUUCUCGGUCUCACUCUUUUCUACACCUACGCAAGCGUCUUUUUCUCGGCCGCUGGCUUUGACGACCCGUUCGCCAUUACCUGCAUUACCAACGGUAUUCAGCUUGUUGUCAUUGUCCUCGUCGCCAUCUCUGUCGACCGCAUCGGCCGUCGCAACAUCUGCUGUGGCGGUCUCACGACUAUGCUCGUCGGCAUUACCCUCAUUGGUAUCGUUGGUGUCCUCCCCAACCGUGGCAAGGCCGCCAACAGCCUCCUCGUCUUCUUCUGCUGUAUCUACAUGGUCGGACUUCAGUGCUCUGGCUCUACCGGCUGGGCCUACGUCGGCGAGAUCUCGUCGCAGCGUCUCCGCCCUUACACUGCUGGCUUCGCUGCCGCCCUCUCGUGUGUCAUGGGUGUCAUCAUGAAUGUUCUCGUUCCUUACAUGCUCACUGUCAACGAGUGGAACUGGGGUCUCAAGACUGCCUUCUUCUACCUCGGCCUCGGUGCUCCCUUCGCCAUCGCCUCGUGGUUCCUCAUCCCCGAGACCGCCAGGCUCACCGCCCCCGAGCUCGACGAGCUGUUUGAGAACAAGGUUCGCCCCUGGCGCUUCCACAAGACCAAGACCGCUCUCCAGCUUGCGGUCGAGGCUCAGAGCUCGUAG